AUGAUCAAAUAUACCUACUUGCAUGAGCAAGACUCAUGGACAAGAACACAAGUGAAAUUAAGCGGGAAGACUGAUCCUUUGUGGCAUCAUGUGGGUCUUCUAGUGGCUCAGAUGGAUGGACUGCAUGCUGGGGCGGCAUACUGGGCCAAAAGUAGACAGGAAAAGCCUCUGUCCAUGUUUGCGGUUCAGUUCCUCAAUGGUAUUGGGGAUUUGCUAGAUUUAAUCCCUGCUCUCAAAAGGCGUUCCAACUCUUCUUCUGACUCCUUCAGAAUGCCAGGCAUGAGUCACUGUUCUGCGCUCAUCAAGAUGUUACCUGGCUAUGAGAAUCUGUUGCUUGGUCACUCCAGCUGGUACAGCUACGCUGCAAGCAUGAGAAUCUACAAGCACUGGGACUUGAAAAAUAAGCGUAAUGGCACAAGCAGACUGUCCUUUAGCAGCUACCCUGGGAUCUUGUCAUCUUUGGAUGAUUUUUAUUUGCUGGGAACAGGAUUGCUUGUAACUCAAACCACAAACAACGUGUUCAACUCCUCUCUGUUUUCCCUGGUGACCCCAGAGGCUUUGCUUGCCUGGCAAAGGGUGCGUGUAGCACAUGCGCUGGCCUGCACAGGGAAGCAAUGGGCCCAAAUAUUUUCCCAGCACAAUUCGGGGACCUACAAUAACCAGUAUAUGGUGGUGGAUCUGAAAAGAGUUUCACUUGGAAAGCAGAUUGAGGAUUGGAGUCUGACUGUUGUGGAGCAGAUUCCUGGUUUGGUGUUGCACUCGGAUCAGUCACAAGCGCUACGUCAUGGUUACUGGGCAUCCUACAACAUACCUUUCCACUCAGACAUUUACCAAAUGAGUGGUUAUGGUGUGAUGUGGAAAAAGUACGGGGGAGACUUCUCAUAUGACCUCUGUCCACGUGCUAAAAUUUUCCGCAGGGACCAGGGAAAAGUCACUAAUCUGGACACCUUGAAAUACAUUAUGAGGUACAAUGAUUACAGAAAGGACCCAUAUUCAAAGAAGCAUCCUUGUAAAUCCAUCUGCUGCCGAAAUGACCUGAGACUUCGACGACCUCAUCCAGGGGGCUGUUAUGAUACUAAGGUUACAGAUUAUCACAUGGCCCAGAUGUUUUCGGCUGAAGCUGUGAAUGGACCCACUACUCAGAAUGGUCUUCCCCUUUUC